UUCGUGAAGAGCUGAUAAAAAAACUAAAGUCAAUGUCAAUGUCAAGUUCUUCUCCUUUUUCUUUCUCUCCGAAAUAAAUCACCAUGGCGGCCGGGGUACUUUAUACUUAUCCAGAAAAUUUCCGAGCUUAUAAGGCGCUGAUCGCCGCACAGUACUCCGGAACCGAUUUAAAAGUAGCUCCCAAUUUCGUGUUCGGUGAAACUAAUAAAUCCGAUGCCUUCUUGAAGAAAUUUCCGGCCGGCAAAGUGCCAGCUUAUGAAAGUGCGGACGGAAAGACUCUCCUGACCGAGAGCAAUGCUAUCGCAUACUAUGUUGCCAACGCAGCUCUGCGCGGCACAGAUGUUGCUUCGCAGGCGGCUAUCUUCCAGUGGGCGUCAUGGGCUGAUGGAGAGCUACUGCCCGCCUCCUGCGCGUGGGUCUUCCCUUACCUAGGGAUCAUGCAGUUCCACAAGCAGAACGCAGAGCGCGCGAAGUCCGACCUGCUGGGGGCGCUGGCGGUGCUGGACAAGCACCUGCUGACGCGCACCUUCCUCGUCACCGAGCGCGUCACACUGGCCGACAUCAUCGUCUUCGCCACGCUCAUACACGCCUUCCAGACCGUCCUGGAGCCGAGCCUGCGCUCAUCGCUGGUGAAUGUGCAGCGCUGGUUCCUCACGCUGGCCAACCAGCCCCAGGUGCUGGCCGUGGUGGGGCCCAUCAAGCUGUGCGCCGCCGCCCCCGUCUACGACGCCAAGAAGUACCAGGAACUCACACAGGGACAGAAGGAGGGAGGAAAGAAGGAGAAGAAGCCCGCCCAGGAGAAGAAACAAGCACCCGCCAAGAAGGAGGAACCCAAACAGGCUGAAGAGGAGGAGGAAAAACCCCGAGAGUCCAAAAACCCCUUUGAUGCCAUGCCUAAAGGGACCUUCAACUUUGACGACUUCAAGCGGUGCUACUCCAAUGAGGACGAGGCCAAGUCCAUCCCGUACUUCUGGGAGAAGUUUGACCCCGAGAACUACUCCAUCUGGUUCUGCGAAUACAAGUACCCCGAGGAGCUCGCCAAAGUGUUCAUGAGCUGCAACCUCAUCUCCGGCAUGUACCAGCGCCUGGACCAGAUGCGGAAGGGCGCGUUCGCGUCGAUGUGCCUGUUCGGCGCCGACAACGACUCCUCCAUCUCCGGCGUGUGGGUGUGGCGCGGACAGGACCUCGCCUUCCCGCUCUCGCCUGACUGGCAGAUCGACUACGAGUCGUACGACUGGAAGAAGCUGGACCCCAGCAGCCCCGAGACCAAGAAGAUGGUGCAGGAGUACUUCUCGUGGAGCGGCAAGGACUCCAAGGGCCGCCCAUUCAACCAGGGCAAGAUCUUCAAAUGAACAGUUCCUUAUGAGUGUAACACUGUAAGCGAUGAUAUUAUAUACUAUAGUAAUUUAUAUCGAGCGCAUCCGUCGAGUGUUGUUGCAACAUGUCAAACAUGCAUUUAAGUUUAUCGUGGCCACCAAUUUAUACUGUCAAUAAAAAAAUUUCUACAUA